AUGGCCUCCUACUCGAAUCUGUACGAUUUGGUGGAUGACUUCGCGUAUGAUUGCAAGCGGCACAUUAAACUCAAAGAAGACAAACUUCAGGGGUUGGAGGCCAAAGUCGAAGAAGCAAAUGCUGUCAAGAUUGACCUGGAGGCACGAAUUGAAUCUCUUGACAGAGAGAACGCUAAACUCCGGGAAGAAAUUAAAAGUUUGCAAAAUGCAAAUAAUGCCAGCCUCAGCGACGAUACCAUUUCAAAGGCCCUGGAAGCGCUAGACCCGAAGAAACUCAUUCCUGAAAAUCCUACCGCCGAACAAGUGUCUUCAAGGUCUUACUUGUCCCUAGCCAGCUCUUAUCGCGAUUUGUACAGGGAAUUCUCUACAAUAUCUCGUGCGUUUUGCGCGGUUAGGGAGAGGUUAGAAAUAACCCAGAGGAAAGCCACAGCCUGGGUUCGCGGCUUCAAACAGGGCUCUUUUCAGGUCAAUGUGGAUGGGGAGGAGGUUGUCUUUCAGCGAGCCGUCUCGAGCCAAAGUACUCGUCGGGAACCCAAUGUGGGAAAAGCUGGAAGACCCGAACCAACCGCACCCAAGACUGCAACGCUGCCCCCAAUUCUGAAUACCAAUUCGGACCCAAUCAUUACCAGCUCACCUCCUCCACAUGACCUAGAACUUGCCCCAACACAAUCUCAAGAGCCUGGAUAUGACCCAACUGAGCCACCUCAGCUUGUACACAGUUCUUCGGGCGUCCCAGAACUAGUAUCUACGAGACCAGUGAGGAAUAAACGUACAGACGAAAUUGCGUGGAAACCGAGAACUUUAAGCAUGGUGCAGACUGGAAGCUUCACCCGGCCCUUAACAAUAAAAAGUGAACCUUCCUCUGACCAACCCCAUGAAACCGAAACGAGCAACCCCCACAAUCUUGAUUCCGAUGAGACACAAGAUUUAGAUGGAAGAGCGGACAAUUUCCCAAGCAGUUCAGUUGAGGAGGACCAAGCUUCGUGUAUUCAGACAGCAAAUCACCAACGCUGGUCUGAAACGACGCCUCCAGUGUCUGGCUUGAAGCGACGGCAUGCGCUAGAGGAGAUGGAUAUCAAUUCUCUGCCCCUUCCGCGGCAAGAAAUAAUGUCAAAAAGUAAGAGAAGGAAGUUUUCGUCCCGUGGGACAGCUGCGAUCCCUUCUGUUGCGGAGGACGGAGAAGAAGAGAUUGGGGACCAUGAACACCAUGGAGAUGGAGAUCGUUUUGUGGAUUCUACGACUCGUUCCUCUGCUGCCCAGCGGGUGUUAGAUCUCCUCGAGACACCUCCACCGAGACCUAUUCUGCUCACAACACCCCGAACUAUCAUAAGGGCUUCACCCUCCCUCUCCCGGCCGGCUGCGAGGACUUCAACUCGACACCUCAAUACCCACCGCAAUAAUGUAUCUGAAAGCGAAGCCCGCCCAGAGGAGGAGGCUCUUCGCUGUCGCCCACUACAUCGACUAAGAUUGGAAGACUUUAAAUUGAAUCCCGACAAGAACUAUGGCUUGAAUUACGCAUAUGACGAGGUAAUCAGGAAUAGAAGCGUUAAACGAUGCCUUCCAGGAUGUGUAACACAAUCAUGCUGCGGGCCAGCAUUUCAGGCGCUGGCGCGAGGCGAAAUCCCAAGGGAUGUCACCUUUAACACAUUGAGCCCGAAGCAUCGUGAUCUCCUGGAAGAAUUCCAUGUGGAUAAGAAGGAUAAACUCCGGAACAUUUCAAGCGAUAAAUUAUACGAACUGUUGGUUGAAGCAAAAGCCUGGGAGCUUUCCAAUCGAUUUGGGAGACACAGAUAUACACAUGGACGAGCAGCAUCGCCUCCUGGUUUUUGGCGUACCGAUAUGCCUACCUCACAAGAGGCGCUUGACGAUCGAGAAAAGGCUGGAGAGAUGGAACGAGAGCGAGUCCACGUGAGAUAUAAGGAGGCCUUGAGAAGGGACGGCAUUUGGAAAUUUGCUGAUGAAUGA